CCUUGGCUGUGGCGGGAUGCCCUGAUGGCGAGGAAGGCACUCCUCCGAUGGCGGGACAUGCCUCCCCAUUUACAAUUCAACCCUUACAUCCAUACCGGUUACAGGCCCUUACUCACAUUCUGGGAGUCCCUCGGAAGCAUGUUCUAUCUUCACAACGAAACCAUCAACAUUCUGACGCAUGGAGUACCCAUAAUAAUAAUUUUAGUUGUCGUACCUCGAGUAAUGCCGUGGUCCCAGAUCGACUCGCAUUUCCUUGCCUGGUGUCAUAUCGCGGGUUCAGUCGCUCCCUGGAUUGGAUCUUUCAUUUACCAUCUUUUCAUGAACAUGAAACAACCACCUGGAUUUUACCAGAGGCUCCUUCAACUCGACAUGCUCGGCAUUUGGGUAUCACAAAGCUUCGGAGCUUUGCCAAUGGUCUGCGCAUCUGUAUACUGUUUACCCCGCAUCUUGCAAUGGCUCAUCAUUUCCUGCUACUGUAUCUUCGCCCUCGUCGGACUAUUCAAGGCAUUGGCAGCCAGUUCUCCAUGGAACAGAAGACUUUGUUUUGCACUUCCCUUUCUAAUGCGUAAUCUGUUGUGCGUGUUAAGAUUGACUAAGUAUGGAGGAGGUGAUCCAAAGACAAAUACAGAUGUUAUAUUACAGGACGUGCUAUCUGUUAUCGGUGGUGCAAUCGGUGCAUCAAAUGUUCCAGAAAAAUGGUUUCCCGGAUGCCUGGACUUUUACCUUAACUCUCACAAUAUAAUGCAUGUGAUUGUUGUUCUCGCAGUUUACCACAUGUACUAUUCAACCACAUCAGAUCUAAUUUGGAUGUCACAAGGUACAUGUGACAGGUACAUAACAACCGAGACACCCAUCACAUUUGUAGAAGAUUUAUAAGGUGCAGAUGUAUAAGAGAAAAAUAAUGAACCAAAAGAAAACUAAUGAAUUUUUGCAUUCUUUCUUUUGUGAAAAGACAAUUUUGGGAAAAUCACAAUGUAAACACAAAAUUAGUGAAAUAUUUACAUGUGCAUAUUGAUGUAAAAUAACAAUGCAAAUUAAUUUUUCUACAACUUUGACUUUGGCCCUCCUUUUUAUGUAUGCAACUUUUUUUUCUUGAAAUAAGUUAAUAUUGAUUUUUAUAAGUAACUGAAAAAUUAUAAU